AUGGGACUGCUUUCAGCAGCAGCAGCUGUCUUGUGUCGCUCCAAACGCGCUAUGCUGCUGCUGCUGGUCCUGCUGCUUCUGCAGGUGCAAGUAGGGAACGUCAAUGAAGUCUCAGCAGCAGCAGCAGCAGCCGCAGAAGCAGCAGCAGCAGCGCCAACAGCAGCAGCAGCAUCAGCAGCUGCAGCAGAAGGCCCGGAUAGCCGCCUCUGCACUGUGAAGUCGACUGAGGGCUCGCCCUGCAGCUCCGAUCCCCGUGAACACCAGCAGCAGGAGCAACAGCAGCAGCAGCAGCAGCAGCAGCAGCCGGAGGCGCCGAUAAUAUCGGAUGAGCUGCUGCUGGAUCUGCUGCGGCGAGCCGAAGAGAUACGAAAGGGGCCCCCAGAGGGGCCCCCCGCUGGCUGGGAGGUUUUGUCCAAAAAUGUGAAUUGUAUAGUCUAUAGGAGAAAGCGCCGAGGCCAAUCAGACUACGAGUACGCAGUGUGGGGCCGCUUUGCGGACAUUUCUGCUGCUGCUUAUCUUUCCACUUUAAAUUCGCUGCCCCUCAGGAGCUCUUGGGACUCCACAGUGAAGGACAUUCAGCUGCUGCAGCUCAAGCAGACGCCAGCUGCUGCUGCUCCCCCCAGCAGCAGCAGCAGCAGCAGCGGCGGCGAGGGGGAAGAAGUGAACCAGGGGGCCCCUACCGGAGAGGGGGGCCCCCAGAGGGGCCCCCAAGUGUACCCUGUGGGGGGCCCCGAAUAUGAAGAAUUGAUUUAUUGGCGAGUGGGCCUCCCGUGGCCAGCAAAGGACAGGGACUUUGUGUUUGCCCGCCGGCUGCGCGGCUACAGAAUCGCCAGCAGCAGCAGCAGCAGCAGCAGCAGCAGCAGCAGAGUGCAUGCGCUCGUCUGCGGGCAGCUGCAGGCCGAGAGCGAUGCUGCGCCCCCCGUGAGCGACGCUGUGAGGGUCACCACAUUUGAAGCCGCAAUCGUGGCCUUUCCAGACAACGAAGAGGCCCCUGAGGGGGCACCCGAGGGGGCCCCCCAGGGGGGCCCUGAGGGGCCCCUGGGGGCCCCUGGGGCCCUCGACGCCGCCAGCCCAGCCGAAGGCCGCGGGGGGUCCCCCCAGGGGGCCCCCCGGGGGGCCCCCGGAGGUGACCCUGAGAAGAAAGGAGUGACCUAUGUGGCCCUCCACUAUGACAGGUCCAGGUGA